AUGGCGCCGGGCACGAGAGGGUCCAUCGCGUGGUCGAGGCUCCUUGCCCUGUGGUUGGGGCUAGCAAAUGGCGACGUGCAGCAGCAAUUCUUGAAAACUCAGACGGUUUCGCUUACGCACCUCCAGGACGUCAGCUGGCCAGAUGGUUCGGACGUGCAGGACUCGCAAGCGUGGACGAACAACAACCAGAAUGUCCGGACCAACUCCAUUGUGGAGAUCGAGUUCGCAGAGAACAUCCAAGCCAGCUUCGGCUACAUAACGAUACAGCCUGCAAUCUCCGGGAUUGGUGCAUCAAGUGCUUCCGCGACUACGAUAUCUGUGCCAAGCAGCGAUGUAGUCAUCAGCGGCCAGUCUCUUCUUCUGAACGAUGCCUCGAGUGCGGGUGGCCGGCAAAUCGUAUUCGCGGAGGAAACAGUGUACACCCUUUCCUUCGAUGCGGGCAUCAUCCAGAACUUGGCCAUGACGGACACGAACGCAGCCUUUUCCAUCCAGUUCACCACAGGCGACUUCACAGCUCCAACGCUGCUGAGCAUGUCGCCGGCGGAUGAGUCGCCCAACGUGCCAGUAACAACAACCAUCGUCUUCACCUUCUCCGAAGAUAUCCAGGCAAACCCCGAUGUGUCGGGCACUGCACCGACCUGGGGCAUCCAGGAUCCCUACCAGCGUCAGACGCCGUUCUCGGUGGCCCCGAAGUGCAGCGACGCGCAGAUCACCGUGUCAGGCGCUUCGGCAACCAUCACCAUCGACACAACUGCCUUCCCUAUCCUGCCCUGCAGCCAGUACCAGGUCGUCUUUGCUGCAAAGUGUUUUACGGACACCUCGGUGAACCUAAACUACGCAGCUGCUCUGCCGAGCUCCAGCAAUUACGAUUGGUGGACAUCCUGCAUCACAUCUUACUCCCCUGCGAUCGGAACCUACGGUGUUCCCAUCAAUACCGACAUCGUCCUGACCUUCGCCGAGCAGAUUUUGCGGGGCACUGGCAACAUCGUGCUCACGCCCCUCGGGGAAGCCUCGCAGAACUACGACGUGACCGACACGGCUCGAGUCCUCAUUGAUGGGAGCCAGCUGCAGGUCACCAUCGUCGGGGAUGUGCCUACGGACUACCUCUGCCUCUCACUGGGUGCCGACAUGCAGAAGUGCAAGGGCAAGCCGGUGGACAUCACGAUAGCCGCAGGCGAGCUGCGCAUGGGUGAAGCGGUUGCCAUUUUUCUUCUCCGUGGCUGGAGCGCGUCGAACCCUGUCCAGACCCGAACAUGUCGAGUGCCCCAGCAGAAGGCGUAUUUGGCCGCGUGGACACCACAGCUGGUGUCGGCAGCCUUCCUGUGA